GGUCUUUUCCCAUAGUUCUCAAUUCCGGAAGUAGAUUGAAAGACCUACGUGUUUACUUCCUUUAGCGUUUCUAUUUCCUUCAGAACUUUCUAGAGCUUCAAAAGGAAAGUACGGAGAGCGGACCCAUGGCAACCAGCGGGCGUUUUUCUGACAGUUUCAUAGACGAGGAUCCACAGAGAGCCCUUGAGGAGCUAAAUGCGGCAUUGGGAGAGAAAGCUGAUAAUGCUGAAUGGCUUUGCCAACGAGCUUAUGCCUACAUACUAUUGAAAGAGUACACAAAAGCAAUUGAAGAUGCUAAGAAAGCCCACCAGCUGCAGCCAGGUCUGGUGCUUGCCUUCUUAAGAAUAGGAAUUGCAGAAUAUCACCUUCAUAACUUCAUUACUGCUCAUGAGGCCCUCACAGCUGGAAAAGAGCUUGAUUGCACUGUUGAAGGAUUUCAAACAUGGAUCGAGCACUGUGAGAAUAAAAUGGCAACACAUAUUCCAAACCAAACCUCAGAUUCGAAAAUCAAAGAUCAUGUCACACUUAAGUACCUACUCCACUUCAGACAUGACUGGUACCAGACAGAGUCUCAAGUUGUAGUGACCCUCAUGGUAAAAAAUGCCAAGAAGGAGGAUGUUACUGUCAUCUUUGGUGAAAGAGAGCUGAAAGCUGUGGUAAAGCUUCCAUCAGGAGAAGAUUACUGCCUAAGUGAACAUCUUCUGCAUCCUGUUGUCCCUCAACAAAGCACCUACAGGAUCCUUUCAACCAAGAUAGAGAUUAAGUUGAAGAAGACUGCAGCUGUACAGUGGGAGAAACUACAGGGAGAAGGCACAAUUUCUAACGUGAAGCACUUUACUCCCAACCAGUACCCAUCAUCCUCCCACUACACACGCAACUGGGACAAGGUGGUAGGUGAAAUAAAGGAGGAGGAAAAGAACGAGAAACUGGAGGGGGACGCUGCCCUCAAUAAGUUGUUCCAGCAAAUCUACUCUGAUGGCUCAGAUGAAGUAAAGCGGGCAAUGAACAAGUCCUUUAUGGAAUCAGGAGGCACAGUCCUCAGCACCAACUGGAUGGAUGUUGGUAAACGGAAAGUAGAGAUGAACCCACCUGACGAUGUAGAGUGGAAAAAAUAUUAAAAGCAGUAGAUGACAUCUUGCACCAAUUAUUAUAAUGUCUUUAUGCUCUCUUUCAUUUGCUCCUUUUUGCCUUCAUACUUCAUGCUUUCUCUUUUAAUCCUGGAUUUUCCUGGACUAAAAUGGAAUUUAAAAUGAGACCUCUGUAAAAUGUAACUUCUGUCUGAAUUUAGUUUUAGUCUGGAACCAAGCAAGCUCGUUAAAUUUUUAAAGCAUCACGUAUGUUUAAAACAUUACACAUUAAAGCAACCAAGCAUUGAGUAUCUUUACUGAAAACCUAUUUGGCCACGUUGAAUAUGUUAGGUGUUCACCUGUUCAAUUAUUUGUGAUCACCAUUUUUAAUGUACUUCAUGCUUUCCUAAAUAGGAUUUCAAUAUGCUGUAAAUAAAAUUUUCUUGUUCUCUG